UUUUUGGAUGCCAGGUCCCAGGAUCCGCCCGACCCGUACUUCGAUCCAUUUGAGGCUGCUUGCCGUAAAAUCAACGUCACCGAUGCACGGCAUUCAACGUCGUCAUCCCUAUCCCCAAUCGGACAGCCAAGGUCAAUGGAGAGCUCGCAGAUAAGUAUCACUUUGGGGAACAACAUAUCGCCUUCGAGCACGCAUGCACAAACCUUGCCACCUGCCUGCCAUACAUAUUUAAACCGCAGUUCUUGUCACACUCCAUUUAGAGACACUUUUGCGGGGGAUAACCAUGAAUCCUUGAUCGGUCUGCAUGGAUCUGGUCGACUAUCAGUCAAUCUUUUAGAGCCUGAGGUGCAAACGUCUGGAAUACGAAGCGAAUCUCCUCAAACCCCAACUGGCCGAGAUGCGGUGAACAAGGAGAAUGAGGAGAGAACUGUAAUAAUGCAAGAAAGGAUCCGUCAACGUGUCGAUCUUGGGACAAGUCAACUCAAUGGUCGGUUCCACCAGAAGACGACGGCGAAUUUUUCUCGACCAGCUGUCGAUUGGCUUUACUGGAAGAUUCAUGCUGACGCCGAGGCAAUCUCCUUCGAUUCCGGUGAACCCGUGCUGAGCUUUUAUCCGUCAUAUGACGGACAUCAUCAGAGCGAG